CAGUUCUCCGUCUUCGCUGUGGGACAAAGCCCGGAUAGCUCCGACUAUUGUUUACAUGCAGCCGGUGAGUGGUGCUUGCCGGCUGGACUAGGCAUGGUUGUCGUACUACGUUGUUUCCGCUGGGGGAUAUAAAGCCAUUCCUCACCCAGGAAUUGCUCGGCCCAUCUUCCACCACACUGUUCCCCACAGACGGACCCUUUCCAACGUUCACUUGACACCAACACCAUUCACCCAUUUGAACCUCAUCAUGCGUUUCACUACUGCCUUCGUCUCGGCCCUGGCCGCUGGUGCUGCCUCCGCUCAGGUUUCGUCCAUCAUUCAGUCCGUUGGAGGCGACAUCACCUCUGCACUGGGUUCUGUCCUCCCGACCGGCUCCGUUGCAUCCGACAUCAGCUCCGCCCUUUCCUCCCUCGAGUCUGGAAUCUCCUCCGAAGUCAAUUCCAUCACCUCGGAACUCGCGACAGCAACCGGCGGUGUCGCGACCAGCUUGAGCGAGGUCUUGUCUUCCAUCGAGUCGAGUGUGCACAGUGUCGAGAGCUCCCUUGUGACCAGCGCAACUGAAGGUACCACUGGCGCUGCCGGCGCUACUACCACUGGCACACAGACUGGCACGCAGUCCCCUGGCGCCGCAGCCCCUACCGCCCUCCCUGUCAUGGGCGCAGUUGCAGGAGGUAUUCUCGCCAUUGCCGGUCUGUUGUAAAGUGGAAAGCGCCCAGCCUUUGCAAAGACCAGCUGCGCAACAAAUUGGCUAGAUGCCGUCGAGUGGCGUUAUGGACCGGCUUAGGGAAGUCGGCAACUAAACCCGACGGUGCACCGGAAUAGCUCGGUGGUAGCUUCAAAAGAGUGGAAGAGGAGUUCUGACUUCUAGAUAUCGUGUGGGAUGUAAUGGUAGUCGAGCUUACAUGGUCGAAUUGACUAUUUCGAGUACCU